AUGCAAGAAGAAAUAUUUGGUCCCGUUGUAGCCAUUGCAAAAUUCAAGACUGUCGAAGAAGUAAUUGAAAAGGCGCAUCUGACAAAAUAUGGCUUGGCUGCAGCUGUCUUCACUAAAGAUAUGACUCGAGCAAUAAAAAUCUCAAAUGUGUUGAAAGCUGGCACAGUAUGGGUUAACUGCUAUAAUGUACUUAGUGUCAAUACCCCAUUUGGAGGUUACAAAGAAUCUGGAAUUGGUCGUGAAUUUGGAAAAUACGCGUUAGAAUUAUACACUCAA